AUGCCUGAAUCAGUAGCCAUUAUAGGCGCAGGAUUGGUAGGCUGUCUUGCCGCGUUGGCAUUUUCAAAAGAGGGCUACCACGUCACACUUUAUGAUUUUAGAGAAGAUCCUAGAUUGGAAACCACCAAGAAUAAAAAUUUAAAAUCCAUUAAUUUGGCUAUUUCUGCGCGUGGCAUUGAUGCUUUGAAAUCAGUAGAUUUGCGUGCGUGUGAACGCAUCUUGCAAGAUAUGAUUCCCAUGAAAGGUAGGAUGAUUCACAAUUUGAAAGGUGAGCAGGAAUCUCAAUUGUACGGUUUGCAUGGAGAAGCCAUCAAUUCUAUCAAUAGAUCUGUAUUAAAUAAUAACCUAUUGAGUGAAUUGGAAAAAACUACAACUGAGUUAAAAUUCGGUCACAAGUUGGUUAAAGUCGAUUGGACAGAGGAUAAACAAAUCUGUCAUUUUGCUACUGGAGGUGAUUUGAGUGUACCACAUAGUGAAAAGUUUGAUUUUGUGAUAGGUUGCGACGGUGCGUAUUCUGCGACAAGAUCUCAAAUGCAGCGUAAAGUUGAAAUGGAUUUCUCACAAGAGUAUAUGAAUUUACGCUACAUUGAACUUUAUAUCCCACCUACUGAGGUAUCAAAGCCAAAGUUUGGUGGAAAUUUCGCUAUAGCCCCUGACCAUUUACACAUCUGGCCUCGUCAUAAAUUCAUGUUGAUUGCGCUUGCCAACAGUGAUGGUUCUUUCACGUCAACUUUUUUUGGUUCUAAAGAUCAAAUAUCGGAUCUGAUAACUUCAGAGUCACGUGUGAAGAACUUUUUAGUCGAGAACUUUCCUGACAUUGUUAAUAUUAUGGAUUUGGACGACGCUGUCAACAGAUUCAUUACUUACCCAAAGGAAAGUCUUGUUUGCGUAAACUGUAAGCCAUACGACGUAUCCGGUGGGAAAGGCAUCCUACUGGGUGACGCUGCUCAUGCGAUGGUCCCUUUUUAUGGGCAGGGUAUGAAUUGCGGGUUCGAAGACGUAAGAAUUUUGAUGGCGCUAUUGAAAAAGCAUUCUGGAGAUCGUUCGAGAGCCUUUACUGAGUAUUCUCAAACGAGACACAAGGAUCUUGUUUCUAUCACUCAACUGGCAAAGAGAAAUUACAAAGAGAUGUCCCAUGAUGUUACGUCCAAACGCUUCCUAUUAAGAAGAAAGCUGGAUGCUCUCCUUAGUAUUUUAAUGAAAGAUAGGUGGAUACCUUUGUAUACAAUGGUAUCUUUCAGAUCUGAUAUCCCGUACUCCAGAGCAUUAGAAAGGGCUGGAAAGCAAACGCGUAUCUUGAAAUUCUUAGAAUCUUUAACACUCGGUAUUUUAUCUAUUGGUGGUUUCAAGCUUUUUAAGUUUUUGACUAAAGAUCGUUUCUAA